UCCCACCAAGGCUCCUCUGGCGUUUGGAAGGAGAGCCCUUCCCAAGCUCCGCCAGGAGCUGUGCUCUUCGGAGCUGCUGACUCAGCAGCGGGCACUGAUGGCGCUCUGUGAGCUGCUCCAUGACCCAGAAAAUGUCUACCAGGCAGUAGAAAUAGGGCUCUUGGAUAACCUGAAGACUCUGCUGGCACACCAGAACAGCACUGUCCGGCAGAAAACCACUCAAAUCCUCUCCGUAAUGGCUGUACAUAAUGUUGGCAGGCAAGGGCUGAUACACAAUGGAGUGGUUCCUGCCCUCACCGAGCUCUUGGAUGAUCCAGUAGAUAUCUGUCGGAAGCACACACAUCAGAUACUUGAGAUGAUGGCAAAAUUACCUGAAGGUAGGGGUCUCAGUAGUUAAAUAUUCACAGGCAAAGCAAAUCGGUGACUUUACUGAACUGCCUGUGUAAUAUCUUCCAUGUUUACUUUAUUCCAGUUUCCUUGAAAAUUCUAUUAUGCAACAAUAUCAUUUGUAUUUUCA